AUGCCUAAUCUAAGUCUUGGUCCGCUCUCUGACCUCACCCAUACACGCUAUGUGAUCCAUCUUUCGGACGGGAAGCGCCUGGUGCUUUUCCGACUGCCCUCCAUUGAAACCCCGCAGGGCCGCAAGACGAAAAACGACAGCAGCGACGGAUGGUCGUACUACGCGAUGGAAGCCGAGUGUCCGCAUGCGGGCGGCCCGAUGGAGGAUGCGCAGGUUGACAUUGAGGAUUCGGCUUAUAUUGUCUCGUGUCCGUGGCACGCGUACGAUUUCAAUGUAGAAACGGGCGAGUCGAGCGUUGGCAUCAAGGCUUGCACGUUCCCGGUUGAUGUGCAGGGCGAGAUUGUAACUUUGACAUAUGGCGACAAUGUCUCUGUUGUCAAACUGGAGCCCGUGAGUGAGGAGAUCAAGUUGAAAUCGCCUUGCUCGGAUACUUUGCCCUCGGCAGAAACGGUACCAACGAGCCAGCCUGCGACCGCUCAGUAUCUGGAUGAAAAUGCGACGCUCUGCGACUGGUGUGCUCAUAUCUUGAAUACUUCAAACGCUGAGCACAAGAUCGAACUUACUGCCCACUUGUUUGCCACAUUUACCUCAAGAGAAGGCUCAUCUUCGCCGAUGACUAUUAUCUCGCCAGACACUGUGGCGCUUCCUGAAAUGCCCCCUCGCGAGAAGCUGGUCGAAGUGCAGCCCGGCAAGAUGCAAAAGCCCGGACGAGGAGGAACUUUAAAAAGCAGAAUCGCCAUGCUCCACGCCUUGGCCAAUAUCGAGCUUUGGGCGAUUGACCUGGCGAUUGACAUCUGUGUCAGGUUCGCCGAGUUCCAAACGAACCCGACAUCAACAGAGUCUGAAAAGCCGCUACCACGAACUUUCUUCCAUGACUGGCUCAAGGUCGCAAACGACGAGGCUAAACACUUUUCUCUGCUCCGCACUCGCCUGGAAGAAAUGGGCUCUUACUUUGGUGCACUUCCUGUUCAUCAUGGUCUAUGGGAGUCGGCUGAGCGGACUGCACAUGAUCUUCGAGCUCGAAUCAGCAUCAUCGCUCUUGUUCAUGAGGCUCGCGGGUUAGACGUCAAUCCGAUGACCAUCGCCAAAUUCCGCGCUGCCAAAGACGACGAGAGUGUCCAGGCCCUCGAGGUGAUUCACAAUGAUGAGAUCACCCAUGUCACCACCGGCCAUCGAUGGCUUUCGUGGAUAUGUCAGCAAGAGCAGACUGACACAGUGGAAGUAUUCCGGUCAAACGUCCGCAAGUACUUUAUCGGUGCACUUAAGGAGCCUUUUAACCGAGACGCCCGCGCGAUGGCAGGCAUGGAUGCACGAUACUACGAGAACCUGGCCUACUGA